CGACACCUAUGUCAAACCACGAUGAUCAUCAUCAACUGCUUCGAAAAAUUUCACCUUUAAAAUUCUCUGUCCUCGUCACUCAAACUACACCAUCAAUGGGACCCUUUCAGGUCACUAAUUUGCGGUCAUCCUAAGCUCUGCUCCAGACAAACCAUCACUGCAUGCUUUAUUCUUCUUCUCCAUUUUCAGUUCUGAUUUUCGCCACAGCACUUGUUCCUCUGUAUCCACUGGCGAUGGCAUCGAUGGGUUCUGCACCCUUUCUCGUGGAAGCCAAUGCGGACUACACUUUGAUGAUGAGGAUGUUUCACGGCAGGAGUCUCAAGCUUUCUUCGCCGAAGUUUGGCUCUGUGAGUGGUUCAUCGUUUGGACAUUCGGGGGCAAGAGGGCGGGGGCGUGGAAGAGUGAACCAUUUGUGUAGUAGGGGUUUGCUGUGUUUGGUGGAGAAUAAUAAGCGAAUAAGAGCUUUGGGGAAUGAUUCCGGGAUGAGUGAAGAGCCAGAGAAGACGCUUCAGGGCACAAUUGAGAAGAGUAAGCAGGUUCUUGCUUUGCAAAAGGAGCUGCUUCAACAGAUUGCUGAAAGAAAGAAACUGAUUAAUUCAAUAAAUAGUGAAAUCGGUCUUGAAGCAGAAGGAAACGGUAUUUCAGAUGAGCACAGCAAUGAAUCCCUGUUAAGUACUGUUGAGAACCAAAAUGGUGGCACUGUUUCAAGCAAUUACGUCCGAUCUAAUGAGAAAGAAAUACCAGAUGUCUCGGUUUUAGGCAUUGAUCGUGGUUUUGAUAAAGCUGAAGAAGAUGAUAAAUCUCUUGCUGAAAAGGCUUCAGCUACGCAAUAUCUUGAUGAACUGUUGAAUAGUAAUAGAUAUGAGACAAUUGCCCCUGAUACCAUUGCCCCUGAUACUGUACCAAUCGAAAUCCCAAGUGGCACCGGACCCAUCAAUCAUGUUAUUGAAAUACUGGAAGGUAUGAGUGAAUCAAGUUUAAGUGAGGUUGCCAAUAAAACUGACAAUGUUGAGAGUGAAGGUGAAAAACCCCCACCAUUGGCUGGGGACAAUGUUAUGAAUGUUAUAUUGGCUGCAGUAGAAUGUGCUCCCUGGUCCAAAGCAGGUGGGCUUGGAGAUGUUGCUGGAUCGUUACCUAAGGCUUUGGCUAGGCGUGGACACAGGGUUAUGGUUGUAGCACCUCGAUAUAGUAAUUAUGCUGAAGCACAAGAGAUUGGAGUACGGAAACAGUACAAAGUGGAUGGCCAGGACAUGGAAGUAACAUAUUACCAUGCUUUUAUUGAUGGUGUUGACUUCGUUUUUCUUGACAGUCCAAACUUCCGCAAUUUACAGAAUAACGUAUAUGGUGGAAACCGAAUGGAUAUUCUAAAACGCAUGGUGUUGUUUUGCAAGGCAGCUGCUGAGGUUCCAUGGCAUGUUCCAUGUGGUGGUGUUUGCUAUGGAGAUGGAAAUCUGGCCUUCAUUGCAAAUGAUUGGCAUACUGCAUUGCUGCCUGUGUACCUCAAAGCAUAUUAUCGUGACAAUGGUUUGAUGAAGUUCACAAGAUCUGUUUUUGUGAUUCAUAACAUAGCACACCAGGUUCAUCCUCUAGCUAUUUAUAUGGGUCGUGGCCCACUUGAUGAAUUCCGUUACACGGAUUUACCGGAGCACUACAUAGACCUUUUCAAAUUUUAUGAUCCUGUUGGAGGUGAACACAUGAAUAUCUUUGCGGCUGGCAUAAAGGCAGCUGAUCGGAUUGUCACUGUCAGUCAUGGAUAUGCAUGGGAGAUCAAAACUUCUGAAGGUGGUUGGGGUUUGCAUGGGAUCAUGAAUGAGAAUGACUGGAAACUGAGGGGAAUUGUCAAUGGAAUUGAUACCAAAGAUUGGAACCCCAAGUUUGAUGUUCACCUGACAUCAAAUGGAUACACCAACUACUCCAUUGAGACCCUGCAAAGUGGCAAGCGUCAAUGCAAAGCUGCUUUACAAAGGGAGCUCGGUUUGCCAGUUCGUGAGGAUGUUCCGUUACUCGGGUUCAUCGGAAGGCUGGAUCAUCAAAAAGGCAUCGAUCUCAUAGCUGAAGCCAUUCCAUGGUUGAUGGGUCAGGAUGUGCAGCUUGCCAUGCUGGGAACAGGAAGGCCAGACUUAGAAGAUAUGGUUAAGGAACUUAUGGCCCAACACGGUGACAAAAUCAAAGGAUGGGUUGGCUUUUCUGUGAAGAUGGCUCACAGGAUAACAGCAGGUGCAGACAUAUUGCUCAUGCCAUCAAGAUUUGAGCCAUGUGGUUUGAAUCAACUCUAUGCCAUGAAUUAUGGAACAAUCCCUGUUGUACACGCUGUGGGUGGACUGAGGGAUACUGUGACACCUUUUAAUCCAUUUGAAGAGUCUGGCCUUGGAUGGACAUUUGAUAGUGCUGAAACUAAUAAGCUAAUAAACUCAUUAGGGAACUGUUUGAUGACCUUUAGGCAGUUUAAGCAUAGCUGGGAAGGGCUACAACGGCGUGGGAUGAUGCAGGAUCUCAGUUGGGACAAGGCUGCUGAGCAGUAUGAGGAGGUUCUUGUUGCUGCCAAGUACCAAUGGUGAAAUCUUUGCUUCUACUCUACCUAAGCAGAUUCAUCAAUGUGAGUGCAUUCAUGCUGCUGAGUUAUAUCAUGGUCUGUGCAAGGGAAAGGGACCCUGUUAUUGUGGCCAAGUUGUUACAACUUUCUUGAUGCAGGUCCUGCAGGAACAUUUUUGCCCCUUAACUAAGGUUAUGUAAUAAUCACUUGUUAUAUAUGUCAUUUCUGGCACAUCUAGUAUUGUCCUUUUUGAAUAAAGAAAGAAAGAAAAAACAAAACAAAGAAUAGAGUAUUAGCCCUUUAGAUAGAUGAAUUCUAUACCUUUCAAUGUUGCAAUGGUGUGUCUACAACUAUGUUACGUAGCAGUAGCAGAAUAAUGAAACAUGUAGUGUGUAGAUGCUUAAAUGUCUUCUUUAUAAUCAUUUUAGAAUUAAAAGUGUCUUUAACA